AUGAAUGGAGAAGUUUUAAAACUUGGUGAUUCAAUUGAAAUCACUGCAAUUCAUACACCAUGUCAUACCCAGGAUUCUAUAUGUUAUUAUGCCACUGAUAAAGCCAAUCCUGAUCAAAAAUUUGUGUUUACAGGAGAUACUUUAUUCACUGCAGGUUGUGGUAGAUUCUUUGAAGGUACCGGUGAAGAAAUGGAUACUGCUCUGAAUUUCAAAUUGGGUAAAUUACCAAAAGAUACAUUGGUUUUCCCAGGUCAUGAGUAUACUAAAGGUAAUGUAAAAUUUGCAGUUAAAUUACUUUCAAACAAUGCUAUUCAACAGUUGGAGAAAUUUGUUAAUGAGAAUGAAAUCACCACUGGUCAAUUUUCCAUUGGUGAUGAAUUAAAAUUUAAUCCAUUUAUGAGAUUAGAUGAUGAACAAAUCACAAGUAAAUUAAAGAUUGAUUCAAGAAGUUUGGUUAUGGAUAAACUAAGAGAGAUGAAAAACAAUUCAUAAGUAUAAAACAUUUAUUUAUUUUAGUUUAAAAAAGAGUUGUAGAGCUUCACUGUACCAUAACGUCAAAAAGAUUCACAUAGAGAGUAAACCUCGACUUUAUAAAGGAAAGUGAAAGCACCUGGAUUUCAAUUUAACUCUGCUGUCCACACUUUUGCACCAUGGAAGAAAAGGUUAUAAUCAAAAGUUCUAUCUAUUUUCAGAGUCAAUUUUAAAUUAUCUAUCUGAAGAAAAGGAAAAAAAGAGUUGUAAAAAGGUUUAAAAAGUUUAUGGAUUUGAAAUUUUUCUUAAAUAUCAGCGAAUUUUACCCUGCCAUUGUGACUUUCGCGAAUAUAUUAUUUACUUUCGCGAAUGUGCUUUACUGGUUUCAAAUUUGGGGGCAACGAUUAACAAAGCAUUUCCAAAUGACAAGUGUUUGAAUUGAAAAGUCAAUUGAGUGUUUAAAGAUGGCUAAGGGAAAUAAGAAAAGUGAAGAGAAAGUGAA